UGCGCUACUUUGGCUACAACUGUCGAAGUUCACAAGGUUACCACUGCUGUACGGCUUCAUUCUGGAGGUGGACAGAAUGCUUCCCAGCUCGAACAGUAACGCCACGCCAAGCCGGACGCCGAUGUUGCUUGUCCACGGGCUUUUAACAAAUGCCGCGUCCUGGACAGCGAACCUACCUUCUCAAAGCCCAGGAUUCCUUUUAGCAGAUGCUGGAUUCGAUGUGUGGCUCGUGAAUUCCAGAGGUGUGCCUCAGUCCAACUACCACGUGAAUCUCACUACGAAUGACCCUGAAUUCUGGGCGUGGAGCUUCGAACAGAUUGGUACGUAUGAUAUGGCGGCCGUCAUUGACUACAUACUGAACGAGACCGGAUUCACCGAACUGGGCUUGCUGACCACGUCGCAGGGGACGACCGCGUCACUGGUGCUUCUCUCUAUGCGACCAGAGUACAACGACAAGGUGAACAUUUUAGUCGCCUACGCUCCCGUGGCAAACAUCACUCACUUCACCUCGCCGUUUAGGUUGCUCAUUCCGUUUGCAGAGGAAGUCAAGGCUGUGAACGACCUCGUCACGCACGGUGGUUUCUUGGUCACGAAUGCCAUACAACAAAAUGCGCUUGCUACGGUUUGCGACAGCUUCCUACGUGAAAUCUGCUACGCACCACUGGCCAUCCUCUACGGAAAGGAUCCGAAACAACACAACAGCACGAGGGUGCCUGUCUAUGUGACAAACUUACCUGUGGGCUCCUCCAGCCAAAACGUGCUUCACUAUGCCCAGGUGUUCCGUGCGAAGAAUCUAGUGAGAUUCGACUACGGUGAGACGAAGAAUAAAGAUCUAUAUGGGCAGGCCGAUCCACCACCAUAUCCGUUGGAGAACAUUAGAGUGCCUUUCGCAAUCUACCAAGGAGAGGGGGACAUCUUCGCCGACCCACAAGACGUGCAAGACCUUGCCGGGCGACUUCAAAAAGUCCUCGUGAGGAGGAAGAUAAUGCCGGAUCCAGAUUUCGGUCACCUGGACUUCAUCUUCGGCUACAAUGCGAAAGACUUCCUCCACCAUGACAUGAUAGACCUUAUAUCGAACUAUACAUCCAACGACUCAUGAAUAAACGCCAUAUAGACGUGGUUCAGCUCUUC